AUGCCCACUCUUCGCCUCGAAGCCAACUCUGAAGGUGGCACGACUGGUCACAGACAUCCUCUGGAGCGUUUGCCGGUUGAAAUAUGGACGAUGAUUUUCGUCCAUUCCCUUCCGCCAACAGGAUGCGACAUCAAACAGGCAACAAUACUUCCUCUUCACCUCUCCUCCGUCUGCAACACUUUCCGCGCCAUGGCACAGACAAUACCCCAACUUUGGGCCAGUUUUUCGCUCAAAAGUCUCGAUUCGGGGGUCAAAAAUAAGGAACGACUAGAAGGCUGGAUUCGACACUCGCGCGGCCGUAUUGUCGCCCUGCAUAUACAAGGCCCGCUUACACGCAAAUCUACGCUCGGAUUUGUUCUACCACACAUUCAACAUCUCGAAUACCUAGAAAUUGAUGGUGGUCCUCCUGCGAACUCGUUUCCCGCGAUGCAACUGCAUCGACUGCUUCGAGAUGCCUCGCUGCUUCGACAUGUCUCCCUUGCGAAUUUUCCGGAUGCCUGGAGUCCUGAUCACGAUAAAUGGACGAGACGCGUGGACCCAUUCUCUUGCCAAUUACACGCGAUGUGCCUCAACGGUUCUGUUUCGAGCUGGGGGCUCUCCCACUUGCUCGACUUUCGCUCUCUAGAGUCACUUUCUUGUCUUGUAGAAGACGAUUGGGACGCUCAUCAGGCCAUGGACUUUAUUCUGCUUAUCACCGAGUUUUGGAAAUGCCAGUUGUCGCAUCUCAAGCUUGCGACUCCAGGUGGAAAUCACGCACAUCCUUGGUAUUUGUGUAAUAUGAGCAGUUUGCUCAAUAGCCUUGCCUCACUCACCCACCUCGAGUUCUCUUCCCCCUCCGUCUCGAUCGACCACAUCGCAUUACUGACCGCCCUUGCCGGGAAUCAGAUGUACAUGUGGCCCCGGAACCGGCUUCCCUGCCCACAACUCGCCACUCUUGAUCUUACCCUGGCCGUGCCCCUUCACGAACUAGCAGCCAGACAACUCCAAGAUUGGUGUACUGCGCUCUUUGCAAUGCUGUCUGUGCGAUACCAAGGAGCAAGAGAGUCGCCGCUUCGAUAUCUUCGUUUGGGUUAUACCCCUUCGUCAAAAACUCUUCCAGUUCAAGCUUUGCAACGGUUAUGGGCAUAUACUAUGUUGAAAAAUUGGGCAUUGGCUAUCACGGUUAACAGCGUAAACGUAGCGUCUCUAUACCAUGUCAAGCUACAGUGA